CACACUUUCCCGUUCCUGUACUUUGUUCACAAGUUAAAGAUAAGCAAUGACAUACAUUUAACGCAAACGCUACCUAUAAAUGCCAAUUGUAUUAAAGUCAACUAUCUGCAGGACACUUGAAGAAAUGGACCUUGUAAUCCUCGUUGUGUGGUUUUUCCUUUGCUUCGAUUCAGCAACUGGGGCACACUGCCUAAGCUGUACAUCUAUGCCUAGUAGUUUCCCAUGUGUUACCUCUACAACAUGUUCAACUGGGCAAACUUGCCCCGGUCAUUCAGGUACCCAUGCGUUACUUGGCAAGCGUGCGACUGGCGAUGUCGAAUUAUGUUACAAAUGUUGCCAAGUAGAUAUGUGUAAUCAAGGGCCAAUUCGUACAGGCUCAUCAACAUCUGACCAGCCAAUGGUGGUUCCGACAACUGUGACCGUUAGUACGAUCACUUUGUCAACAACAGCUCAAACAACCCUUACGACCUCAGGUGGGGAUAUCUGUCUAUCUUGCACUGAUUCCCCUUUGACACGAGAAUGUCUCUAUACUGUGAACUGCGAAUCACACGAGAGUUGUUAUGCUGACGCAUUCGAGAAUCCAAAUGGGGACAUCGUUUUCAAUAUGUGGUGUCGGGAUAGACAACUAUGUGGCUCUUUCGGCAAACGUGAGGUUGUGAAUCGAUCCAACGGUAGCACGUUGCUAUGCGCCCAGUGUUGCCAAGGAAACCUUUGUAACGCUGCCGUCUGUGGACAAACUGGACUGCCCUCUGUUGGACCCGUGUGUUUCAAGUGUGAUCAGGCCAGCACGCCGAGCUCGUGUAGCACGAUAGCGCUCUGUGGACGGGAUGAUGUAUACCACCUUGAGAAAACCCUUAGUUCGCUAACCCACGCAACGCUAUACAAAUCAGGAUGUUUGCACAAAACCCAUUGUGAAAGACACGCUCAAAGUCUAACCUUAAUUGGAAGGAAGAGACAUGACAACACAGUUAUUACAGAGGUGCAAAGGCCUACUGCAAGGAAAAGAGAAGUCCAGAGGAUCCUGAAUGAGCACACAGAGGCUAAGCAGCAGAUGGUGCCAUCACAAGUGGGCAAGAGUAAUCUAGAGCCAUCUGAGCUGGAAGUGCAACGGACCCAGAUUGCCUCUGAAUCAGUCCAGACUCUGAUUGAGCGCACUGAACCAGCUAUUUAAACCAGAACUGCAAGAUGAAGUGGUGGACCUAAACAACAACAGCGUCAGCUUUGAUGAGGAUACGCCUGUCGUUAAACCGCAGGUAACAGCCCCGCAAAAGAAGCAGACGUCAGCAAAGGGUUGCCAAACUAAUAUUAAAAUACGUGAAAGGCAUGCAUCAAAAGGUACACAGACUCUUGGCAAGCAUGCAGUAAAGAUGGCUUCGGUUAGGGUCCAGUGCCAGACAACAAACCUUUGCAUGUCAGUCAGUGUCCAGUGCAAGUUACUGUCUUCGGAUCAGAGCAUUAUACUUACGUCAACACCAAAGAAGGCACCGCCCACCACCUACAGCAACCCAAUUGAUACUUCCUUCCAGUCUGUUUUUUUAGCCGGUUAUGAGGAUGAUGUAACUGCUGACCCUGACUUUCACUUAAACCAGACGUGCAGCACAGAAGCAGAUCAAGAAGAAAACUGAUGUCCGAGAGCAGAACAAGUACUUAGUAUUUGAAGAGAACCUGCUUGAGCUGUUUAAGACGUGCCUUCAAUGUCGGUUGCCUGCAGCAGGACACAUCAGCCAACGAAUAGGCUCAUACAUAGGCAGACGUGUGAUUGUGGCUACUAACGGCGGUGGGAGUCCCAGCCAAAAGUGCAAGACAUUCCAGCUGGGAAUCUGCUUCUCAGUGCAGCAAUACUGUUUGCUGGCUGCACACCUACAAAAGUGCUGAGACUUUUUUUCUUUU